AUGGGAAUGAUGGGAAUGACGAAGUUUUCUUGUUCUGUGGUUCUGUUCGGUUCGAUCUGAGUGUUUUGUGUUUAUGUUUGAAAGAAAAAAGAAGCAUAAUCGGUACGACUACUCAUUAUCGGCAAAAUAACGGUCCUCUAGAGUUCGCAAUAUGUAAACUAGGCUGUCUAUUUCCAAGUUAUUAUCACUGAAGGUUGAAAAGUGGUCGCCAUCUUCCCACAAUCGAGGUGUACUUGAGUGGAAGUUUGUUGUGCUCUUUCCGAGGAGAAUGACAUAAUAUACAGCACAACAUUCUUUUGUGGUCUGACUGAGUGAGGACACCAGUCUCCUGAGUGUCCUUGUGCAAGAUGCCGCCGCCACCACCUCCUCCGCCCCCAAUGGGCGGCCCACCGCUUUCAAAGCCCGUGGCACCCGUGCCCUCUGCGGACAGAUCGGCACUUCUUUCCGAGAUCCGAGGAGGAGCAACUCUGAAAAAGACAGCAACAAAUGAUCGGAGUGCUCCAGUGAUAGGCAGCAAGAAGGGAAAAACAGUCACAGACGCUGCCCCUACCCGAAUGAAUGGCCCCCCUGGGUUGGGAGGACUCUUUGCAGGUGGAGUACCAAAACUGCGUCCUGUAGGAUCUUCAGGUGGAGGUCCAGCACAACAUUCCGCUCCCCGCCCCGUGUUGCCGACAGGUAACGAUCCUAGUCCUUCUGCUGCUCCACCACGACAUCGGAGCGAAACGCCCCCGGCACGACGUGCCCUGCCCCCAUUCCCCGCUGACGUGGCUCCACGUGGUCCACCCCCAGCACCGCCCCCUUCGAACCAGAAACCGAACUUCUCUGCCAGUACGUCUCCUGUGCAGAACCGUGUCCGAGCAGGACCCCCAUUGCCCAACAAGCCGCCUGGGGUGACAAGGUCAGCCUCGCAGACGAGCCUGAAUGCCAAGCGACCUCCCCUCCGUGCUCCGACAGUGAAGCCGCCACCCCCACCCAAGAGUCCGGUGGUGGCUACCACAGUUGGCGGAGGGAAUAUGAAGUUUGGUACCCUUGGGCCCCAACCGAGGCUGUGUGUGCCGACGACUGGCGUUGGGAGAAGGCAAAGCUUCGGUGCAGUUGACACGCGGGAGCGGGAGCAUGAGAAUAGUGCGACGGUGCCUGCGAAGAUGAGUGGACCACCUCCGCCGCCGAGGAAUAUAAGUGUACCGGGAAACCUUAACCAGGUACACAAGGCACGUACUGCCCCUCCACCACCCCCUGCACCUCCUGCCAGACCUCCUGCAGCAAGACCGCCGCCACCCCCACGUGGACAGCCUCCCCCACUGCCCUCAACAGGACCCCCGCAACUGCCCCAGCGCAAUUCUCAGGCUCCUCCUCCCCCGCCGCCAAACCAAGCUUCAAAGCCCGUGGGGCUAGUUCCCCCUGGUCGACCUUCUCCGACGCCUCCACAGAGAAGUUCUUCAAUGAGGAAUUCAGAUGUACCGCAAAGCUUUGAGGGCCGUUUCACGUUCAACCCUGUUAGCUGCUUCCCUGCGCCCUGUUAUGUAGCCACAGAUCCCAAGAAGUACCCGAGCAAGGGGCCAAAGCGGAACCAUCAACGUCAGGCUCCUCCGCCCCCAGUCCCAGGGCUGGCAGCACAGGCCGUAUGAUGCCUCUAUGAUCCCUACGGGAGUGGAGUGAGUUCGAGGUUAUGUUGGUCCUGCGGAACCCCUCCAGCAAUUUUGCUCACAGACUGCUGACCCCACCUCGGAAGUAUUAAGAGGCAGGUCUCAGUGUUACGUCGCGUUGUUCCAUACGUGUGGAUCCGCACACGUCGUAUGGUGACUCCCGUUUUAAAGGUUGAACAGUUGGAAGGAAAACAAACCACGUAUAUUGAAAUACAGGGUGUUACCCUAUAAAAGUCUACCCGCGCCGGAAUGCCGUGCUCGCCAAUUACUCAAUGCAGGCGGUACAAUGUGUUGCCUACGUAUAAAACUCAUAAGGACAUUCCAUCGUGGUAAAUAUCAAAGUGAUUGAGCACCGUAACGCAAAGUUAUAGCGCAAAACGUGAGGUUCCCGUAGUCAAAACAGCCAAGAUGGCGCCUCUCAGUUAGCAGACGACAUCCCUUUUGGGUGUCGUCUGCUUUGUAUGCGUCGGCAUUUUUCGUUCCUCAUGUUGCUUACUUCUGAGCAAAAUACGACAGUUACACGAAAACGAAAUGAAAACUGCAGUUCCAUCCGACUGGCAGGACAUGCGACACGUUGUCGUGUGGGGAGCAGCAUGUUAAGUGCUCUUCUCAACGCCGCCACCUUGUUUGUUUUGACUAUGGGAAUUGCACGUUUUGAGUUAACCUUUGUGCUGCGGCACUCAAUCACUUCGAAAUUUACCAAGAUUAAAUGUCCUUAUGAGCUUUGUAUAAAGAUCGCACAAUGUGCCACCUGCAUUGAGUAAUUGGCGAAUACGGCAUGGCAGCACGGGUAGACUUUUAUAGGGUAACACCCUGUAUUUCUCAAUGCUAAAGGGUUCCAUCUCGCUCCUCGCAAUAUCUUUCUGCCACGUGACGGCUUUCGCUACUUUUCAGAGAAUGACCUGUUGUGCGAUGAGUGUUCGCUUUAUCAUUUUUUAGUAAAGUAUAAAUUUUUAUUCUGGAAGCUUCGAUGGAAGGACAUCGUUAGGGACAUUGUGCCAGGAUGGACGCGAAAAGCUAUCGCGAAAUGCACUUUUGUAUUUUAUCUCUCUCCCUUCUAUCUGCACUCCAGUGCCGAUUUAUGCUUGCAAUCCGACGACAGAAGGCCAGUUCUCACUGAUUUGUACUGUUUUUGUACCUGUGAUUUGUCAGCAUACUGUAUAUUACUAGGAAAAGCCUAUGGUGUAUGUCUGUAAUAUAAUUGACUACUAAUGCAGAAACAAUCUGUGAAUACGUUUCCAAGAAUCUUGUUAUUUUACUCACUCUACAAUGACACCUCCACAGAACGGCUGCAGUAUCACAAAAAUUAGAAGUGUGCAAAUAUGCAAAUAUAUAUAUAUAUAUAUAUAUAUAUACAAACUCAAUUUACGUGGCGGCCGCCGUAACUUAUUGCGAGUCUCUCUUGCUGUUCGCGCUAGUUGUAGUGAGGUAUGGUUAGUUUGCCCUCAAAACAUUCCUAGGGUCGCUUAGGUGGUCUGCUAUUUCAAAAUGUAAAAUCAUACUAUCAAAGUGUACUGUUGUACUAGAACAGUACCCCCCCCCCUGAUAGCGGAGCAGUUAGUGUCCAUUGGCAGCUCUGUGACGAUGAGACGAUGUUUGUCGUCACAGUGGGUUAAUUUUGUUGGGCUGCUAAUGCCUGGAUUCUGAAAAAAAAAAAAAAACUAAAGAGGCAGUUGCAGUUUUAAGUGUGUCGGAAGUAUAAAAGUGGGAAACCGAAUUGUUCCUCGUGACGCACAUGUUAGCAAAAAACUUGAUAAUGCUUAGGGCCCUGUGUUUUCUGGUUUUAUAUUCUUCCAAAAUCUGGUUUUAUCCUGGGAGCUAUACAACGGGUGAAAUCGGGCCAAAUCGGGUGAAAAAAAAACAGGAUUUCGGGUGAAAAAAAAAAGAACACACACAUUUCGUAGCAACACGAGAUGCCCAGCGACUGUGCUGAGCGGGAAGUGUUGUACGUGUGGCCUAAUUGAAUCGUCGGAGAUUCCCAUUUUGGGGGUUUUCGUGUCUUACCAUAAUCGACAAUGGUGCCAAUCGUGGGGUAAAAUUAGGUUUUACCGAGCUUAACCCUAAAACACAGGGCCCUAAUAAUGCUGCCAAGUGUUCCGCCUACUUUUCACUGUACUUGAAUAUUGAAAGCAAUGCAGGAAAAACAUUUACAGGUAAGUUGAUUUACAAUGUCAAAAAAGUAGAUGAGCAUGCGCCUAGUGCCAUGGUGGAGAGUACUUCAGAGCCUCCCACACCCCUGGUCCGCUUCAAUUACGACCACAUGCACAGUGCGAUCCGAAACCAGCUUGCAGCAAAUAUCAUAGAUGGUGCCUGCACUGAUGCCUGACUGAACAGUUGUUUAUUUACCCUGGAAUUGAUCCGGAGGUGAUCCAUUUUCCUCGAACCAGUACAAAAUCCGAUACGAAAAAUGCUUCAGUUCGACACACUGCUUUAAUGUACGUCGCCUGUUACUGGUACUUAGUACUCUUAACUACGAGUCCGAGGUACUUUGCCCAUCUCUGGCCUAGGUGCACUGCUCUCUGUUCUCGAGAAGAGCACUGUUAAAACAGUUUUCACUAGUGCGAUGCAACCACAAUGGACCCCUUUCCUAAUAGUGUUUUAGUCCAGCAGCUCUUCAGCAAGCCCAAGUGUGCAGCAUUAGCACCCAACCACAAAACCGGUUUUGGACCGUCAGCCGGUCUGUCUCGAUUGUCUUUCUUUUGAGCAUACGUCAUACUUGAAAUAAGGUGUUCCGCAUAAAUCAGUUGAGUAAAAUCUGUUGGGUGUGCACAAAAUGUUCUGUGGCACUUUCGAAGCUGUAUAGGCACCACAGUGUAUCAUGUGCAUAGGCAAUUAGGGAGGAGGCCCAUUAGCAAUCUGAGGGGAAGGGGGUGACGAUAGUGUAAAAUGUGUCUUGUGUUACCGACACACUCUUUGGAAUGCACAUUAAGUUAAACACUUUCGUGAGUUUGAGCUAACAGCUGCAUUUCAUCAAACAAUGAUAUAUGCCCACACAUUGCCUCAAAGAAGAGGAUGUACAUAAGACAUAUGUGCCUUGAUACCCUCACCUUAGCUACGACAGAGUAAUGAUUGAAACCAACCCUUGCAUCUGGGUGUAUUGCUAGCAUUAAAAAAGGAGACAUCAUUAGCCUUGAGGAUUGCACAUAAACUGCCAACAUCUGUAACCUGUCUUUUAUUAGUCUUCCGCUAGUACAUCUGUAAACCAGUGCCAGAACCUAAUUGCAUUUGCACAGCGUCUUUGGAGAAUGGACUGAACUGUACUACUUAGGUGGUGUUUACGCUGAGUUCUCUGGAACGAAUGCGGAGAGCAGUGGAGCACUACGAGUCUUGCGUCCUUAAUGCACCUUGUUCAACAUGUGCAAUACAAUCGUCUGUAAGCUUCGUGAAGCUUUCUAUGCCAUUAUACGAGACAAAAUAUGGCUGUAAUUAAAGAUAUUUUGAUAUAUA